AUGAAUAAAGGCCGCCUGCCCUGCGCGCUGCCGCCUCGCCUCUGCUUACGGGGGCGGGCCGGGCCGGGCUCCUCCUCCUGCCUGCCCCUGCCUGCCCGCCUGCCUGUUUUUCCGCCGAGCAUGCCGCUGGAUCACCGCCGUGUGCGCGGCCCGGAGGAGUCGCAGCCGCCGGAGCUGUGGGCAGCGGCCGGGGAGGUGCCGGUAGAGGGGGAGGAGGGGGAGGAUAAGGAUGCGGCCCCGCGGGAUCCCUGCGAUCUGCGGCCGCUCUUCGCCCGGGCCGGGCUGCUGAGCCAGGCGGAGGGUUCGGCCUACGUGGAGCUCGGCGGCGGCACCAAGGUGCUCUGCGCCGCCUGGGGCCCGCGGGAAGCGGCCGAGCCCGGGGCGGCGGCUCCGGCAGGAACGGGGCGGCUGCUCUGCGAGUUCCGCCGGGCUCCCUUCGCCGGGCGCGGGGCGCGGUGGCGGCCGGGUUCUGUGUCGGAACGGGAGGCGGAGAGGGAAGCGGCGGCGGCUUUACAGGAGGCCCUGGAACCGGCGGUGCGGUUGGCCCGGUACCCGCGGGCUCGCCUGGCCGUCAGCGCCCUGCUGCUGCAGGACGGCGGUUCCGCGCUGGCAGCCGCCAUCAGCGCCGCUUCCCUGGCCCUGGCCGACGCCGGGGUGGAGAUGUACGAUCUGGCCGUGGGUUGCGCCUUGUGCCGCUCUCCCGGUCCCGCCGCCGCUUGGAUGCUGCAACCCGGGGAGCCCGAGGAACGUCGUGCCGUCGCCCGGCUCACUGUGGCUCUUCUGCCCGCCCUUAACCAGGUGUCGGCGGUGCUGGGCGGCGGGCAGGGCAGCUCUCCCGACGCCUGGGUGCAAGCGUUGCGGCUCGGCCUCGAUGGCUGCCACCGUCUCUACCCCGUGCUGCGGCAGAGCCUGCUGCGGGCCGCACGACGCCGUGAUGCCACUGCCGCCGCUGCCGCCACCGCUGCCACUGCCUGAGCGCCGACGAUGACCGGGUGGCCCCUAUCUGGGGAUGGGGUCGUCUCCUAGAGCUGCCCUCGGUGUUGCUGGAGACCCCCGGAGCCGGCCUGAGCCGUACUUCACACUUUGAGCCCUGGAGCUGCCAGAGACCCCCCGGAGCCAACCUGAGCCAGCGCUUGUGCUGCCGGAGCCCCCCCCGGAGCUGCCCACACGGCCAGAGGCCUAAGAAACUUGCCCAAGGACACCGGAGUCUGUGUCCCCGACACCGCUGGAGAGCCCCCGCGCUGCCCAAGCACCCCGCAGCCUGCCUGAGGAGCCCCUGUGUCGCAGGAGACCCCUCCCGAGUGACCCCACGGGACCCAAGCAGCCUCGCAUGCUGCCGCAACUUGCCAAGAACAGCUUCCGUGCUGCCUCAGCUGCCAGCGCCUGCCUGCACCAGCCCCGUGCUGCCAGACCCUGCCUGAGACCUCCCUUCUAGCAGCUGCCUGUGCCGUGGGACCCCCCACCCCACCCAGAGUGACCCUCGUACCAGGGCUGAGACCCUCACCCCAAACUGCCCGCCACGACCAUCCACGCAGGCAGGGUCCAGGCAGUACCGGGCAGGAGCCACGUCCUGGCACAGAGCGCGCGUCCCUUGGACCUCCUGCGCAGGCAAACGCUUCAGGGUGGCAGAGAUGUGUUCUGUUGGGGGGUGUUUUAUAAUAAAUCAGGUUUUUCUGGUGA